AUGAUUUUAUCAUACAAAUUCAAUAUCGUCCACAACUUUAAUGACCUGACAAAAAACUCCAAAGACUACCUUUCGAUUUCGUUGGACAUUUUCAACGAGGCCCUAAGGGCAAUAACUCGGGCCAGGCAUGCUUUCAUCAAACACUGUAACUGCUGUAGUAGUAGUUCAUUUGGUGGUAGCAGUUGCUGUGGUAGCUGUGGGUACUGUUCUGGCUACUACUGCAGGUACGAUAGUAAAGCUGAAAGUGGUUGUCGUAGUUGUGGCUGUAGUAAUUGUAGUUGUGGUAGUUGUAGUAGAGGUUCUGGUAACGAUAGCGUCGGCUGUGGUAGUUGUGGCUGUGGCAGCUGUGGUGGUGGAGAAAAUAAAAAGAGGUGUUUGUAUGAAGAUGGAUAUCUAGUUGCUGAUGUGGCUUGGAUCCAGGAUUUAUACCCACGUAAAUUCCAACAAAACGAGACUGACCAUCAAAAAAAAUAUAAAAAUCUUCCUGAGAGGCGAGCAAACCAAACGACAACAACAACAAGCGACAACAACAGCAGCAGCAGCUUAAAAAUCAUCAAUCCGGAUAGAUGUUCGACAAAAAGUGACGUCACUCAAGUUAACAACGUCAUCCAUUCGUUGAUGGUGCAUCUAAGGGACCUGCAUACGAUCGUCCGAUGGCAUCAAAUAAGAGUUCAUUUGAAGUACUCACAUUUCUCCGAUCCAGACAACACCUGCAAAACAAAAAAACUGCCAAAGGGUGAUGUUGCUAAUGAUGCAGCAGCAGCCACAACUACACGUAAUAAAUUGUUACUGGCUUUGGAGUGCUCCAUUAAGGCUACACUGAUGUCGUUUGUCGACGCUGAUAUGUCCUGCCAACGUUUAAAUUUGUUGCAAAAAUCCUCCACAUUACUGCAGCAGCACACAUCAGAAGAAACAAAACUAUACAGUUUCUCUAGCUUCAGUCACAUCCUGAACACCCCCCAACAAAUAAGUGGUACCGUCCCGGAUCCACCAAUUCUCGUGCACAGGACUGAUGACGUCAUGUGUUUUAGGCCUGGAAUGUUCUGCCCUGCUGGGGGAGUCCAGGUGGCGUACUACAAACUGUUCGGAUGUUUAGUGACAUCUAUAAAGAAAUCCGCCGGUAUUAUUGAUGACAAGAUCGAAGGCUGUGGUAUCCCCGUUUCAGCUUUGUUUCCGCUGCUACGAGUUACAGGAUUGGUUGCCGGUGAAAAGUAUUCUUUUGCCAUCGGUGCUUACAAUAAUGCGGGAGAGCUGAUUGGUGGGAAAAUAUCAAAACCGACCAAUCAUAUUGUAGCUUCAUAUCCGCUAUCGACAUUGAUUGGUUGGACGCUUUUGUGCAAAGCCUCGUACGAUCUCCAAUGCUAUCCGACUUUAAUGCAAUCCGGCCAACAUUUGUGGAGACAUUUUGUAUUGAGACAUCCGUCUGAUGCCGGUUCUUCAGUCGACAUAAACAAAGAAGAACAGUACCAUCUGUCCAAGAGCAGGUUAAAUAAAAGUUUGCUGGCUGAAAGUAGUCCAGAACUGAAGAAGAUGCUGUUGUACUGCAUGCUUGCUGCCUUCCACGGCUCCAAAAUACAGAAAUUGGAGUUAUGCGAGCAGACGUUGGCGAUGAUGGAGCUGUCGAAAAGCGUCCACAGCAGCCACAACGUCAACAUAGAUAAAUCAAAGUGUCGCUUGCAGUCUGUCGUCGAGUGUUACAAUGUGCUGAAGUAUUUUUUGUUCUAUGGCCUCUUCACUAGGCCUGUUGUCUGCCUCAUGAAAAGUUGUAUGUCAUCACUGACCAAGAUCCCAAGUACCACAAGGUGCCAUUGGGGUGCCCAUACGGCCCAAAUAUUUGGUCAUAUGAUUUCCUGUUUAUCUUUCUACUUGGCUAAAAUCCACCGAAGCAUCAAUGAUCUAGAUGCAGCCUCUCACUUUAUAAAACUGCCGGAAGAAUUGUUGUCACGUGAUUAUACUCCUCCCGAUGACGAUGAUGAUGACGUCAACGAUGCGGAUGAUAACGAUGAUGAUGAUGUUAAAUAUAAUUAUAAGAAAUUGAAAAUCAAUUGUAGUGUGAAUAAUGAGAAUAAUAGUUCGGUUAAGACCGUUAAGAGUACAAAGUUGAACAAAGUAUUGGCUGAGGACGUGGAAAAACCCAGCGUUAUCCUAGCUACAAUAUCAAAACUGUCAUCUAAAGAGACCUACCAAGAGAUAACGAAACUGAAACCGAAACACCCGCAGAAAUUUCUGGAAUUUUUGAUAACCACAGUCGGAAUGAAAGCUCUGAAAGAAAGAGAGAAUGAAUUACUUGCACAGUGGAUGAAUGAAGCGAAUUCGCUUUUUGUUAAGUAA